AUGGUUAUCGAGACCACGUGUGAUGUUUUAGAGAAUUUGUAUCAAGAGUCGUACAGUGAAGAAUGGCGAGAAUUCUUUGAUCAAUACAACAGUACCGAUGGCAUUCAAGAAAUUUUUGUGAAAAAGGAAGAUGACUGGAAUACUCCCGAUGGACCACGUAAACGCUAUCAGCGUUUUCGUGAUAAACGUUAUAUUUGUGAUGAAUGCGGUCGUUGUUUCACUUUAAAACAAAACGUCCAAUAUCACAUCGUUACCUAUCACCUUGGUAAUCAACAGAUCACCACCAAUCGUGGCAAACGUUACGUUUGCCUUACUUGCCAGAAAGUAUAUCGAAAUGCUGAAGCAGCUCGACAACACAAUGCACGAGAUCAUUUCCGCCUGCCUAAUAUACAAAUUCAUCGCUGUUCCACAUGCACUCGUAUUUUCCCAAAUAAUACUCAACUAAAAGAACAUAUUUCCAUACAACAUUUACAAGAGAAGCCAUAUGUAUGUGAUAAAUGUGGCUCAUGCUUUGGUCGACAGGGAGGCCUUCGACGUCAUCGUAUAAUGGUACAUACGAAUCGACGAUAUAAUUGCACCUAUUCCGGUUGCACUCAUCCUGGUUUCAAAUGUUCCAAGGCCUUAGCAGCUCACAUUCGAUCACGACAUACUAAAGAUAGGCCUUUUGCGUGCUUCGAAUGCGGAAAACGUUUUGUACGACGAAACGAUCAGCGUGUCCACGAGUUGUUGCAUAUUUCACAUGAGCAGUUCGAUUGUUAUAAAUGUGGACAGCGUUUUCGCCGCCAAAUUUAUCUCAAGAAACACGAGAGCUCAUGUCGAGUGAUUAAUGAUAAUGCAAACGCCUAUUCAUCCAUCCCUGACAAUGAGCUAAAAAGAAGAAAAGCUGAACAAAUGAGCAGUGACGGAAACCAUAGUGAAUCAGCACCUGCACGUAGCGCGUCACGGAGUCGAAGCGGAACACCAAUGGCCUCAGGUAAGAGUAAUGGCCAUGUUCGAUCUCCCUCGGGCUCUCGACCCCGUUCAUCGUCCCACCAUUCACUAUCUCAAUCACCAGUUCGUGAACGUUCAGCUGCUUCGCGAUCAUCUGGUGGACACGAAGCAUCCAGGUCUCCUUCUCGUGCUCGUUCAAGGUCACGCGACGAUCGACGUGUUCGCCGCUCACGCUCACCUGAGGAACGAAAACGAUACCGAUCACGCAGUCGUGAUUCACGUUACCGUCGACGAAGCGCUCAGAGUGGAACAUCACAGUUUCAAGCUCAGAGUUGGCUGUCAAAUUCAAAUCAAUACAGUUCAGAAUCCAUCCUCAAAUACCCAAUAUGCAAUGCACCACCACCAUACCGACAGUCAGUUGUGGGACGUGAUUUUAUCGGUCAUAUAAAGGAUUGUUUACUGUUAUACAACCGAUCACCAUCAUCGCCAGCUCGUCGCCGCUCUCGUUCACGUCGACGCAGUCGUUCACGUUCCCCACGACGAAUCAGCCGCUACUCGCCAAUAAGACGAAGCCGUUAUAACGAUGGUCGUGAUAAUCCGGAGCCCUGUUCAUGUCUUGGUGUUUUUGGCAUGUCACUCAAUACAACUGAGCGUGAUCUAAAACGCAUUUUCGGCGAAUAUGGAGAAAUUGAAUCGGUUCAACUUGUGUACGAUCGUUACAGUGGUCGUUCACGUGGUUUUGGCUUCGUCUAUUUUGAAACUACGAAAGAAGCAAUACGAGCAAAAGAUCAUCUUCGUGAUGCUGUCAUUGAUGGAAUGCGCGUUCGUGUUGAUUUUUCUGUGACCAAAGGAGCUCCGAGAUAGGGACGUUCACCUCGCCGUUCUCGUAGCCGCAGUGUGGACAGUUAUCGCAGACGCCGUUCGCGUUCUUAA